GAGAGAUGCUGCCUGAGGUGAAAACUCAUAUGAUAAGUUCUCGCUUAGGCAGGCCUUAGCCAAUCAGAUGUGAUUAUAUGAUACUUUCCGUUGCACUCCCGGUACCUCAAUGUACCUGGUAUAGCUGUUCACGUUCACCUCUGGAUAUGAGACGUUCACCGAUUGCGAACCUUCGGCGACCGGCAGAACACUGCCACGAUAGCCUCAGGAAGCUUUAAAGUCUUGCAACACUGUUGUUGAACAAACGCAUUAAUCAAGAUGCCAGUAGACCAUGACCCCACGACUGACUUCAUAGCAGGCACAACAGCAGGCAUCGUCGGCCUUCUUAUUGCUCAUCCAUUUGACACAGUCAAAGUCCGCCUACAAAAUCCUGAUCUAUCCUCAAGAUACCAUUCAGUAUCGCAUGCAUUCGCGACCAUCAUUAGAGAGGAGCGUUUCAGUGGCUUGUAUAAGGGCAUUGCUUCACCUCUGGCAACAUGCGCGUUUAUGAACGGUCUCGUAUUCGCCUCCUACAAGUUUUUCCUUAAGGCGCAAAUGGUGGAUGGUUCUAUUCCCUCGCUCACCGAAGUUGCAAUUGCUGGCAGCUGUUGUGGCGUUGCCAUGUCAAUUUUUGCUACGCCGAUCGAACUGAUUAAGAUCAGGCAGCAAAACAUGUUAGAGAGCGGACUAGGAAGCGUCUCAGCCAGCAAACUUAUAUACACUAUUCAUCGGGAACACGGUCUCAAGGGAUUGUUUCGUGGUCUCACCGCUACAGCCUUUCGUGAUUUAGGAUAUGGUGCAUACUUUUUUGGGUAUGAGGCCUCAAGUCGAUACCUCACUUCUCUUUCUCCUGGGCUUAAUGGUUCCACCUCACUGUCAGACUCAAGCCAAAGAUCCAUACCCCUUUGGAUGCUGUUUAUCAGUGGAGGGGUGGCAGGUGUCGUUGGUUGGCUUCCAACAUUUCCGAUGGACGUUGUGAAGACGCGCAUGCAGAGUACCGAGACCCCAGGAGCUCGAAGCAUAAUGCGGCCGGAAGUGACUACAGGCGAUAACCCAUAUCGCACAACCAUAUCAACGAUCCAGCAUUCAUAUCGCACAGGUGGGGCUGGAGGCUUCCUUCGCGGACUGAGCCCGACUAUGCUGCGGGCGAUUCCAGUCAACAUGGCUACAUUUGCAGUAUACGAAACUGUUGUAGGCAUACUCUCGCCAUGACAGCACUAUGAACCGUCUGUCGAGCAAACUGCACAGUCAAUACCGUAGCAAUGAUACCGUAAAUGCGCGUUAAUGUACAUUUGGCAGAUUUCUAAUCGAUCUUGCUGUGUGGGUGGAA